AUGGGUUUCAGUCUCCAUGCCAACAACAGCAAUGAUCCGCCCGAGGUGCGCAAUUGGCGGAUCCAUCUCAUCACCACGAUCGUGAGCAUGGGCGCCAUUGCCAUGGGCUACGAUACCAGCGUCAUCGGCGGCACCAUGGCCCUGGAUUCCUUCCGCCGCCACUUUGGUCUGAACAAUGCCUCCGAAACUGAGACGGAUACGCUGGAAGGAAACAUUGUAUCGACCUUCCAGGCGGGCUGCUUCUUCGGGUCUCUCCUUACCUUCCCGCUGGGCGAGAGGUUUGGGCGGCGGAAUGCGAUCAUCAUGGCUGUUUGUGUGUUUUGUGUUGGAGGGAGUCUGAUGACUGCUUCGUCGGGCAAGCUCGGUUUGAUCUACGCCGGUCGCGCCAUUGCAGGUUUCGGCAUUGGCUCUGUAUCCCUGCAGGUUCCUGUCUAUAUCGCUGAGAUGUCACCUGCAUCUAUUCGCGGCCGUCUCGUCGGGAUCUUUGAGAUCUGUUCGCAGGGUGGUGGCAUGCUGGGCUUCUGGAUCAACUACGCCAUCAACCGCACAGUUUCCUCGUCACGCAUGGCGCAGUGGCAGAUUCCCCUCGGUCUGCAGCUCCUUCCUGGUGGCCUGCUCCUAGCCGGUAUCUUCUUCUGCCCCGAGUCCCCGCGCUGGUACGCAAAGAAAGACCGCUGGGACGACGCAGAGAAGAGCCUUGUCUGGGCCAGAAAGCUCCCCGCGCACCAUCCCUUCAUCCAAGGGGAGCUGCAGCAGAUCCGAGAACAGCUCCAGUACGACAUCGUCCCAAAUGGCAGAAAAUAUGACCCGUCGUUCUACGUGCAGCGACUCUGGCAGCGCGGGACAAGGAACCGGAUCGGCAUUGGGCUCCUGCUGAUGGCCUUUCAGAACCUGACGGGGGUGAACAUCAUCACAUACUACUCCCCCCGCAUCUUCGAAACCCUCGGCAUAAACUCCACGGACACCAAGCUCUUCGCCACGGGCUUUUACGGCGUCGCCAAAACCCUCGGUAUGGUGAUCUUCAGCGUGUGGCUCGUCGAAAAGGUCGGCCGCCGCAGCGGCCUCAUCUACGGCGCCUUCAUCGGCAGUCUACCGAUGUGGUAUAUCGGCGGGUACGUCUUCGAGCGCGACCCCAGCGGCACCUCGGCGCGCGGCGACACAGUGCAAGACGCAUGGGGGUACAUCGCCAUGGUGUGCGUGUAUCUGUACGGGCUGAUCUACUGCGCAACGUGGCAGGGUAUCACCUGGGUCAUCUGCUCGGAGAUCUUCCCGAUUGACAUCCGGAUGCUGUGUGUGGCGAUUACGACGGCGGACCAGUGGCUUUGGUCGUUUGUUAUCAGCCGCACGACGCCGUAUAUGAUUACGUCUUUGGGCUACGGGACGUAUUUUUUCUUUGCGUCGCUGAUGAUUGCGAUGGGAUUCUGGGCUUGGUUCUUUAUUCCGGAGACGAAGGGGAAGACGCUGGAGGAGAUGGAUGCGUUGUUUGGGGCGCCCAGUGGGGUUGGGGGGAUGGGGGAGGGUAAGGAAGAGGGCGAGGUUGGGAAGGGGAGCGAGGUUGUGCAUGCUGAGAGGGUUUGA